UAUGUGGAGCAGCGUACAGUGGAGCGGAGGCAGAGCGGCUCCGCGAGCUCCUCUCCACUUUCCCAUAGAGCAGCCCUGCCUGGCGCCGAGGGCAGCCACACGCCCUCACGCCGGCGAGCCCGCGAGGUAGGCGCCCCCAUGCGCAGCCCUCCGCGGGCGUCCGCUCGCACUUUCUGUUUUCCGACUCACUUGCGAGCAGCCGGCUGCAGCCCCAAGGACUCCGCGGCAGGAGCCGCGGCGGCAGCCGGUCACUAUCAUAUGACAAAGGCUUUGCUGCAGUUCGUCUUCUGCCCUGUGCGCUUUCCAUUUACCUUCCUGGAAUCCUGCGGCAUCACAGAAGCUGGAAGUUCUGAUGUUCCAUUGAGGCACAAUGGAAAGCCUGGACUUGACUGGGCACAGUAAUGAAAGGCAGUAAUAGAAAUAAAGAUCAUUCAGCAGAAGGAGAAGGGCCUGGGAAAAGACCAAAAAGAAAGUGUCUUCAGUGGCACCCACUGCUAGCAAAGAAACUUCUUGACUUUUCAGAAGAGGAGGAAGAGGAAGACGAAGAGGAGGAUAUUGAUAAAGUUCAACUCCUUGGGGCUGAUGGCCUAGAGCACGAUGUUGGAGAGGCAGAAGAUGAAGAGUCCCCAGAACAGCGAGCCCGCAGACCCAUGAAUGCAUUUCUUUUAUUUUGCAAACGCCAUCGCUCCCUUGUCCGUCAAGAACACCCCAAGCUUGAUAACCGAGGUGCUACCAAGAUUCUAGCGGAUUGGUGGGCUGUUCUGGAUCCAAAGGAAAAACAGAAGUAUACAGACAUGGCCAAGGAGUAUAAAGAUGCAUUUAUGAAAGCAAAUCCUGGCUACAAAUGGUGUCCUACCACAAACAAGCCUGUGAAAUCACCACCACCCACUGUCAAUUCACGAAAGAAACUUUGGGCCUUCCCCUCCGAUUCUUCAAGAGACUUACCAAGCCCCAAGAAAGCAAAGACUGAAGAGAUGCCUCAGCUUAACUUCGGCAUGGCUGAUCCUACUCAAAUGGGAGGCCUGAGCAUGCUGCUGUUGGCUGGAGAACAUGCUCUCGGCACGCCGGAGAUAUCCUCUGGUACCUGCAGGCCCGAUGCUUCCGAAUCUCCUGAACUGCGUCAAAAGUCACCAUUGUUUCAGUUUGCCGAGAUAUCUUCAAGUACAUCCCACCCUGAGGCUCCCACAAAACAGUGCCAAGCAUCGGCCUUGUUCCAGUUUGCAGAGAUCUCUUCAAACACUUCGAAGUUGGGUGGUGCUGAGCCUGUAAAGCGCUGUGGGAAGUCUGCGCUCUUCCAACUGGCAGAGAUGUGCCUGGCAUCAGAGGGGGUGAAAAUGGAAGAAACAAAACUAAUAAAGGCAAAAGAAUCAGAUAAUGGAAGAAUUAAAGAGUUAGAAAAAGGAAAAGAAGAAAGAGAAAUAAAAGAGAAAACAGAUGCAACUGGAUUGCAGGAGGGGGAAGAAUUUGAAAAACCAGCCGAGGAAAAUGUAAGAGAGUUUAAGGAAUUAAGAAAUUUUGAAGAGCUACAAAUGGAUGAUGUAAUGGCUAUAAAAAUGGAAGACUCCAAAGAAAUUACAAAGGAAGAAUUAGAGGAAGACCAAAAAUGUAGUCAUUUCUCUGAUUUUUCUUACUCUGCAAGUAGCAAGAUAAUAAUCAGUGAUGUUCCCAGUCGGAAGGAUCACAUGUGCCAUCCUCAUGGAAUUAUGAUCAUUGAGGAUCCCACUGCAUUGAACAAACCAGAGAAGCUAAAAAAGAAGAAAAAGAAAAGCAAAAUGGAUCGACAUGGAAAUGAGAAAUCCACACCCAAGAAAGCAUGCAAAAAGAGGCAGUCUUCAGAGUCUGACAUCGAAAGUGUCAUUUAUACCAUUGAAGCUGUCGCCAAAGGAGAUUGGGGUGUUGACAAACUUGGAGAAACCCCUCGAAAGAAGAUCCGCACAUCUUCAAGUGGCAAGGGAAGCGUUUUGGAUGCCAAGCCACCAAAGAAAAAAGUGAAAUCAAGAGAGAAGAAAAUGUCAAAGGAAAAGUGCUCAGACAUUACCAAAGAGUCAAGACCUCCAGAUUUCAUUACUAUUCCUGCCAGCAAAAACAUUUCUGGUGAGGUGCCAGAGGGUAUGAAAGCAGAGCCCCUUACCCCCACCGAGGAUGUUCUGCCACCCAGCCUAUCAGGACAAGCCAAGCCUGAGGACAGUGACUGUCACAGAAAGAUGGAAACCUGUGGCGCCAGGAAAUCGGAGAGGUCUUGCAAAGGUGCUCUUUAUAAAACCCUGGUGUCUGAGGGCAUGCUUACCUCUCUGCGAGCUAAUGUUGACCGAGGUAAACGAAGCUCGGGAAAAGGAAACUCUUCUGAUCAUGAAGGGUGUUGGGGUGAAGAAAGCUGGACAUUCAACCAGUGUGGGACCAGUGGGAACAAGAAGUUCAAGAAAAGUAAGCUGAAAGAAGAUUCUCUCCUUGGCUCAGCAAAGCUGGAUGAAGAAUUUGAAAAGAAAUUCAACAGCCUUCCUCAAUAUAGUCCUCUUACUUUUGACCGGAAAUGUGUACCUGUCCCAAGGAAAAAGAAGAAGACUGGAAAUGUGUCCUCAGAACUGACUAAAACCAGCAAAGGUCCUUUCCAGUCUCAGAAAAAGAACUUAUUCCACAAAAUUGUCAGCAAAUAUAAGCACAAAAAGGAGAAGCCUAAUGCUCCAGAAAAAGGAAGUGGGGAUAAAUGGUCAAACAAGCAACUGUUCUUGGAUGCCAUUCACCCUACAGAAGCCAUAUUUUCUGAAGACAAAAACACCACAGAGCCUGCUUAUAAGGUUAAAAAUGCCCUAUCCAUUCCCAACACUCCAGAACCAACAAUGCAAGAACCUCUGGUGGGCAGCCAAAAGAGAAAAGCAAGGAAAACCAAGAUCACGCACCUUGUCAGAACAGCGGAUGGCCGGGUAUCACCAGCAGGAGGUACUUUGGAUGACAAACCAAAGGAGCAACUGCCGCGGAGCCUCCCUGGAGCGCGCGAGGCAGCCUGCAGUGAUGAGUGUGCGCGCACCGCGGAGGUGGAGGCGAGGCGGAGCAGCACUCCCGAAAUGCCUGCUGUGUCUGCGUUCUUUAGCCUCGCUGCACUGGCCGAGGUGGCAGCCAUGGAAAAUGUGCGCAGAGGUCAGAGAACAACUCCACUCACACAUGACGGACAGCCAAAAGAAAUGCCGCAGGCUCCCGUACUUAUUUCUUGCGCUGACCAGUGAAGCGCCCUUUAAGUGUAAAACAUUGUGCUUUACCUACUACCCUAGCCUUGUCUUUACCAAGGGAUGCUGUGAGUCCAAAUGGUGGAAAAUACAGACUGCACACAAGUGCUUGUUGCCCUGCGUGGCCCAGAUUCACUUGAAGCAGAUGUGAGCAUCCUGGGCCAGCCUGUUCUUUUGGAACCCAGAAUCUUUGAGGGUGGUGUUCUUUCUGAUACUGAGCAGAAACAGAAUGAGUCUGGAGCUUUGCUUUCCAUUGAAGGCUUUCGACGGUAAACGGUGGUAUCUUGGUAAAAGACUGCCUUUACUGUAGCUCAUCCAACGUCUCUUUUACCAACCAGAGAGUGGGGAACUAGUUUCAUAUAUUGCCUAGUUAUUCUUUCAAAACAAAACAAAACAAACAAAACAAAACAAAAAAACCUGACGCACUGCACUAGUUAUUAUUAGAUAUUCUUAGUCUUUUUUGUACAUGGAGAUUUAAGUUCUAAGAUGGUUUAUAUAAUAGGUUAUACCUACAUUUAUAUUGUAGAUUAAAUAUUAAGAAGCCUGCUCCAGAGACUCUCAAGCAACAUGGGCAGGCGGAUGUACCAUUGUUAGUGGUGUAUGCUCGGCCUCGUGGUCCAUUUAUUCUGCACUUUUAUAUUUGCCACCACAGUGGUAGUUUGCUGGCAAAAGGAGAGAGAGACAGAAAGAGAGAAAACUUACAAUUCUUACAACCUGAAUUUUUUUUUUUUUUCUUAGCCUUGAGUGACCAAGAAGAAUUUGCUUGGGGCAAAUUGUGGCAAAUAUUUUCCCAGACAGGGAAGAGUCCUGCAGAUUACAGAUUACUGAUGCUUUCAUGCCUUGAGGAUUCUUUUAUUUUUACACAGUGGUCUAAGUGACCAAUGGAUCCUUCAUACAAAAAAGACAAAAAUAUUAUUCAGAAGUGACCUUAGUAUUACUUCACUAUUCUGAACACAUGGAAGACACUCACUUCUUGUGGACGUGGAGCUGUGGACCCUUCACAUCCAUCACAGACAGACUGGACGGGUUGCAGUUGCUAUGCACAGCCUCGUUGGUACUGUAGGUUUUUAGAGCCAUUUCGAGUUUGUGUUGAGUAGAAAGUAUAGAGUAAAUGACGAGGGAGGUAUGCCUGAGGUGGGGCUCUCAGCUGUAGAGCCACCUGCAAGGCUCUGUUUCCUUUUUGUGUUUUGUUGCUUUUAAACAUAAAAUCAACCAUACGUAUGCCCGUGCCAAGUGGAUUAACUGGCUUAGAACAUUCAACAUAUUGACUUAAACCACCUGACGUUCACAGUGUCUUGUUUCCUAGCAACAGAUGCAAAGUGAUAAAUCAAAAUUAGUCUGAGGCUACAGAUUUUACAGGGUAUUUGUUCCAUAGCACAAAGUGUUUCCCCACUCUUGCAUCACAGCACAAACUACCAAAUUUUAAUUAUUAGAUUCCAGCAAUAAUUUUUAAUGGUUUUCAAACUGGCAGAGUUUUGAUAGUGCUAGCUCAAGUUUGACGCUUUUGAAUUAGAUCUCUAAAUGGUGACAGUUUACAUGGUUUUAUCUAGCUUUCUUAUUUAUACUUGACUGAAUUGUAAUGAUGAUUUUUUUCUAAUUGUAAUUUGACCUAAUAGCCAUAUAAAAUUGACUCUAUUAAUACUGACCAGGUUUAGCUUCUCACGGUUGUAGAUAUUACUUCAGUUUCGGUGCUGGAAAAUAUGUACAACAUACUAACACAAUUGAAAAAUAAUAGAGAUGGGUUUUGUUUGUUUGUUUGUUUUCCCAAAAGUAGGUAAAAGAGGGCAGCAAAGUGAUGUCCUCAAAAAUGCAUACUCAUUGUGAGGAUGGAGGAAGUAGGAACUAGUAAAAGGUUAAUCAGUGGUUACAACUUAAUCCCAUUCGCUUAGAAAUAAACCAAGCGAACAGCCCCAGAUUUUAGUGUACUUUUACUAUGAUGCUGUUUUAUUAAUAUUUUCUAAAUUGCAGUACAACAAAGUGAAUGUGUAAAAGUUGCUGGGUCCUGAUGUUGGUGGCUGUUGGAGUUUUGGACCACUUGCUAGCAGUGAUUUUAAAAUGAUAAUUAACAAUUUUUAAAAAAAAAAAACAGAAACAAGGAACCAACAACAACAAUUGUGCGGUGCAGAACAUGCAUCUUGACAAUGGUACUAACUUGUUACUCUAGAGAACACGUUAGAAUAGACCUAUUUUUGCCAGAGCGCCCUCCUUCAGUCCUCCGAUUACAUUUCACUAGAGUUCCUUAUGAGAUUGCUGUAUAUUCAUGGGACCUUUUUUUAAAAAGAAGCAAAACAAAAAAAUUACUUUUUUCUAUGUGAUUAAUAUCUUACUUGAUCUGCUUUUCCUAAACCUCAGUGGCUUUUCCCUUAGGCAGGGGUGUGGGUGGGAGGGCAUCUUCCUGGAUAAGACUGUUUUCAGAUACUUUAAAACAAACCUUUUUGUAGAAAUGCUUAAUUUUUAAGCAGUUAGGCACUGAGAGUAGCAGAAAUCCUGCAAAGCUUUAUAGUUCUUUAGGCACAUGCCCUGUCAUUUCUCUGAGUGAAGUCUAUUUCAGUAGUAGUGCUUCUCGUGCCCUGAAUCUGCUGGAGAAGGGAGUGUUGGUAUUUUCAGGUAACAUUUGUUAGCACAAGUACUUCAAACCAAUAUAUAGCACUCCUCCAAUGAUCAUUUUCAUUUCAUUUUUCUUUCUUAGUUUGGAAAAUCCUGUUGCUAUAUUGUGUAUUUUAAUCUGCCAGGCAAACAUCAUCCACACUAACAUUUGUCCCCUGGCAUCCUGGAGAACAAUGUUGCACCUUAUGUAUAGCUCAAACAAACCAAAAUACGAUGCUCUUCUGCUUUGUUUUAUUCUAAAUUGUUGUAUCAUAUCUUUCUAAAACCAUUCUGAAUUUAGUUGAAAUUAUCAAUAUUUAUGCUUUUAACCUUAACUUCUGGAUUCAAACCUGUAUAUAAAUCUGUUGGAAAAAAUUCUCCUAGCCCUUCUCUGCAAUGCUAGAAGUGGAAGAUUUCAUCUCGGAUGGAGAUGUAGUAUUGUUCCAAUUUUCUUUAAGCCUUUUUUAUUUAUUUAGUUAUUCUGAGAAUUUCCUAUGUAAUUUUGAAGCGUGUAGAGUAUAUUAUAGUAACUGAAACUGCAGCUCUAAGAAGCUGAGUGAAAAGAAAAAAUUACUGUAAGACAUCCUUGAAGUUUUUGUUUGUAUGGGUACUGUAUAUGAUAUUGGGAAAAGGAAAAAUGGCCCACAGCAGGAUUGGAAAUACAGAUUCAUGUCCCAAAAUUAGGUUAGUUCCCAGAUUUAGGCCAAAACUCUUCAUUGACUGAACGUUUUUGAAGGAUAAAUUGUACCAUUGCAAUUCUGUUAUGUGAGUUCCCAAAGCCAUGCUGAAAUAAUUCCCAUCUAGUUCCUGCCAUUUACAAUUGCUGGAGGAGAAAAUAGUGAUGGGACACUGUGAACAAAAAGGUGCAUCUGAAGUGGUAUGCUUGUUUAGACUCCAACAUCUUCAAUCCCUGUCAUUGUCUUACUAAGUCAGAUGCUAAUAUAUAUAUAUAUAUAUAUAUAUAUAUAUAUAUAUAAUAGCAAAUAUAUAUAUAUUUGUACUCUGCAGUAUUUGGCCAUUGUAUGGAAGUGUUUGCACCUAUGUAAACUCUCAAGCAAAUUAUAAAUUGCUACAGACAGGAGUUAGCUGAAAAGUGAAUGACAUGUUUUGUUUAUAGGGUGGGCUGGGGUGGGUUGGGGAAUACUAAAUAGCUCUGUUCCAAGCUUGGCAUUUGACAUUAAUGUGAAGCAGUGGAACCAUGCUGCCUGCUGAACUACUGUAUGAAUCAUAAGUGUUCCGAAGACCAGCAGCUGGAGGCUGGAAGACAGCAUCCACACGAGGAGAAGCGUUGUCACCGCGGCCUCGGAGACCAGGAAAUCGGGAAGGCCAGGAGUUGUCACGUGUGGAGGGAAUAUGGGGGCAUAGGGGAUGCUGGUGAGGAGAUUUGCUUUGAUUGCACUGCCCCCCAGAGCCCUCGUGUGAGGCCAAUCCCAAUGGGCUACCUCGGCUUUCAAGGUUAAUUUCAGUAAGUCCUGUUUCAAAACUUUGUCUUUUUUUUUUGCUUCUACUUUAGUGCCACUAUUUUCCACUGCAGUGUUUUGACUUUACACACUGCUUUCUCCAGUGAGAACAGUGUAUUGCUAAAAAUGGGCAGUAGAAGCAAAUGCUAUUAUUACAUCUGACCUAUAAAGUAUUCAGAGUAACUGCUAGGUGGAAAUUACAAUUUAGCUUUUCUCCACAUAGGUCCUUGUUUUGCACCUUAUACGAAGUGUACUAAUUGUUAAUUAGAUGUUGCUUUUGUCUAUACAAGCAUUCCCAAAGAUUUAGAUUUGAAUUUUGUUGUAUUUGAUUUUGGGGAUUUUAUAAACUACUUUAUGUAGAUUUACUAACAGCAUAUGUAUAAUGAAAAGAAGAGGCAGUUUUUCAUUUCAUCUUACCAGAUGUUUCUGGUGAAGUAUUCAGGGUUUGACGGACUGCUUUUCUUUUAAUUUGGAAGUGAUCAAGGUUAUUAUGCUCCAAAUUAAAUGGCUUUGUCCUUUUCAUGGGGGACAUUAUCUUCAGACAUUUCAGAACAAAGAAAAACAAGAGUGAAUCACAAGACGUAUACAUUUGAUUUACACAACCCCACUUGUCUGUAUUAUGCUUUCAAAUAUAUAAGUAUACAUUUCUUUUAAAAAAAAAAACUUUACUUUUCUGGUCAAAUGUUAUCUCUGGUGGUGUCAUUUAUACUAAGUUGAGAGAUGGAACCUUGUAGUUAAAAGUUGUGUGGCCACUGGUUUUCUUUGUUGUUGUUUUUUGUCAGUCAGUGGUCAAAAGCAAUCAUGCCCUGAAACUGAUUUUUCUACACAGAGCUAGUUAUCCUGAGCAUUACUCCUUCCAAAGAUUUCCUGAUAACUUGGGCCAGAACUGGUUACUGAGUAACAAGGAUCUGAUCAAAUGCCUCUAAGCCCUUUCACCUGUAAUGCAAAUCUUACCUCACAAGCGCUAACCUGAAUCACAGAGAUAAGCAUGCUUCAUGAACUAUUACUGAUUCUCUUUGCGGCCCUCCAGGGGUGGGCUCAAGUCCCCUCACAUUAGUGCCUCGGCUGAAAGAGCAGCGGAACCGAGGGUAGGGAAGGCUUGAGACCUCCAGAGCUCAGUAACUUGCUUGACAGCGUUUUUCAUUUCACUAUAAACAAGUCUCUUGCUCUCAGGAAUUUGUCCC